AUGCAGCGUCUGCUCCCUGCUCUGCUGUACCUCUCGCUUGUGCUGCUGGGGCCCGGCGGUGAGUGUUCGGCCACCCCAGCUUGGGCCCACAGAGAUGGAGUCAUUGUAUUGUCUGUCCCUGAAGUGGUUUCAUUAGAAAGUGGAAGUUCAACAAAUGUCACCAUCUCUCUGAGGGCUCCACUAAAUGAGACACUGGUGAUAAUCCUCAAUAUUACACACUCAUCAAAACACAGCACCAUUGUUGAACUGCCUGAGGAAGUACAACUGCCUGCAGGUCACACUAAAGCAGACUUCCAAGUGAAAGCAGAUGAUGUUGGACAAGUAACAGUUUAUCUUUAUACCAUUAAUUCCAACUUAACUGGACCUAGGAUUCAAUUUCAAGUGAUUCACAGCAUCAUAGUGAGAUAUGCUGAUGAGGUGAUUGGCUGGAUCUAUUUCCUCGCCUGGUCCAUCUCCUUUUACCCUCAACUCUUUGAGAACUGGCGGCGAAAAAGUGUUGUUGGACUAAGCUUUGACUUUAUAGCAUUAAACCUUACUGGCUUUAUAGCAUACAGUGUGUUUAAUGUUGGACUCUUCUGGAUUCCCUUGAUUAAGGAAGAAUUCUUGGUCAGUUAUCCCAGCGGAGUGAACCCUGUGGCUAUCAAUGAUGUUUUCUUCAGUCUCCAUGCAGUAGCUCUCACUCUGCUCACCAUAAUUCAGUGCUGCAUCUAUGAGAGAGCAGGUCAGAAAGUAUCCAAAGUUGUUGUUGGACUGCUGGCACUUGCAUGGAUCUUCACAUUUACCACACUGUUUCUUGCUGCAGCUGAGGAAAUGACGUGGCUGCAGUUCCUAUUCUGCUUCUCUUACAUUAAGUUAGCAGUCACACUGAUAAAGUAUUUUCCACAGGCGUACAUGAAUUUCCGUCGGAAGAGUACUGAGGGGUGGAGCAUUGGAAAUGUGUUACUAGAUUUCACUGGUGGAAGCUUCAGCCUUCUUCAGAUGUUUUUGCAGUCAUACAACAAUGAUCAGUGGAAGUUAAUCUUUGGAGAUCCAACCAAGUUUGGCCUGGGUGUCUUCUCCAUCAUCUUUGAUGUUGUUUUUAUGGUCCAGCACUACUGCCUUUACAGGAGACGAGGGUAUGAACCUUGUGAAUAGCAGCACUCCUGAAGACAAGAACUUUACAUUGAACUUUCCCUAACCCUGGCUAAGG